GACUCAGGAAACAGAAAUUAUGUGUACACAGCUGUAGGAGCAGUUAGGGACCGAGGUGAGCUACAGUAUGUAGCAUGAAAAAUGCGAAGAGACGUGGAGGAUGUAGCACACGGUGCCAACUGUAGGUUGAAAGGAAACAUGGCUUGAGUUCGAAGUGGGUGAGAGGCUUCGAGAUGAGAGGCUGGUUCAGAGGAGCUAAAGCUGUUGUCAUGUUUCUAAAACUGAGGAAAUCACUCGAUUAUUGAUCAGCCCAGGAAUAAAGACGAUAAAAUAUGAACCAUGCCCAAAGGAAAGGGAAAGGGAGCCAAAGGGACAAAGGUGACCCUCAAGACUGCCAAGAAGGCAAUACGGAUGACCCCCGAUGGACGACACAGGCUGACCCUUAGCAACAUGGGUAUAACCAUCUUCCCAAAGUGUCUCCUCAAACUCACCAACAUAGACGAGUUAGACCUCAGCCGCAACCAGAUACAGAAACUCCCCGACAACAUCGGGAACUUUCAGUCACUCAGAUGGCUGGAUCUCCAUAGCAACAAGAUAGAGUCUGUGCCCGAGUCCAUCGGCAACCUGGUGGGACUGACCCACCUCAACCUCUCCAACAACCGCCUUACCUCCAUGGGCUUACCCUCCACACUGGGUUCCCUCACCAGCCUGAAGACUCUGAAUCUUGGGAUGAACCAGCUGGAUGCCCUGCCUCACACUAUGGCGACCUUACAUAGCCUCCAAGAGUUAGGUCUGUUCGAUAACCUCUUCAUCACGUUACCAGAGUUUGUGAAAGUGCUGCGCAGCCAUAGUAAGGUGAAUGUGAAACGUAAUCCCAUAUGGUAUGCCCAAGGGGAUGGUCAGAGCAAGUCAGAGCUAGAGGAAGAUCUGUACCUGGUCCAUGAGAGCAGCCUGUGUAAGACAUGCCUUAAGAGAUGCAAAGCGCAGAAGGAUAGGGUUAUAAAAGGAGGAGGAGGAGGAAGAAGAGGAGGUGAUGGUAUAUUUGAGGAGAAAAGGAUAAGAACUUAUCCUGGACUGAUGGCACCACACUCAGUGGCAACAGUCAAUCAGGAUGUAUGGAGGAUACGAGAAACGGGGGACUACAAGAAAAUCAAAUGACCAAACAGUGGCUGAUAUGGAAAUAAAAAUGUUGGAAUGGAUGUAAUUUUAAAGCAGCCAAACAAAGAGUAAAAUACAUGUACGAGUGAUACGUUGCACAGCUGCUGUUUAUGCAAUUCACUGAUAAAAUAAAAACUCUCCAGAUAUUGUUGGUUGACUGUUA